UCCUACCAAAACCUAGCCUCCGCCCCACCGCUCCCAAACUCUACCCCGCCGCCGCCGCGCGGAGGUGACCCCCCACCGCCGCCAAGAUGCAGAUCUUCGUGAAGACCCUGACGGGGAAGACCAUCACGCUGGAGGUUGAGUCCUCCGAUACCAUCGACAACGUGAAGGCCAAGAUCCAGGACAAGGAAGGCAUCCCGCCGGACCAGCAGCGGCUCAUCUUCGCCGGCAAGCAGCUCGAGGACGGACGCACCCUCGCCGACUACAACAUCCAGAAGGAGUCGACGCUGCACCUGGUGCUCCGCCUGCGUGGUGGCGCGAAGAAGCGCAAGAAGAAGACGUACACCAAGCCGAAGAAAUUGAAGCACAAGCAUAAGAAGGUGAAGCUCGCCGUGCUGCAGUUCUACAAGGUCGACGACUCCACCGGCAAGGUCACCCGCCUCCGCAAGGAGUGUCCCAACGCCGACUGCGGCGCGGGCACCUUCAUGGCCAACCACUUCGACCGCCAUUACUGCGGCAAGUGCGGCCUCACCUACGUCUACAACCAGAAGGCGUAAGGCGGGUUCGCUUCGCCUCGCUUUGCUUUACCUGCCUACCUAUCAAGAACUGAGCUGUUGGAUACUCGAAUUGGAUCUUAUUUAGAUAUGUGUUUGGUUGAAACUUAAUGGAGUAGUAGUAUCUUCUUGGUACGCCUGUUACUGAGUUGAUGCGAUGCAUUAAUUUUGGUUUCAUAUGCUAUCAUUUCAGAUGAUUAUAUCUUCA